AUGCGCCCCGGUCGGAUGUGGAACGGUGAAAGCCGGUCCGCCGAUCGGCUCGGGGCGUGGACCGACGCGGAUUGCGGAGGCGGCCAAAGCCCGGGCU